UGUGCGGUGCAAGGAUGGCUUCGCGUAGCGACGAUUAUAUGCUCGAUGUAGAGCCUAAAAACGAUGAGAAGGUGCCAGAAAUCAGCAUUAUUCGAAGAAAUCCUACAAGCAUGCAAUUAAUAUUGGACAUCUCGAGUCACUUUCAAACUCUCAGCAAUAACGCACAGAUUGGAAAAAGGAUGCCAGUAAUCCAGGCCAAAGUGUACUGGCUGCGCGAUUCGAUGCAGAAAAAGAUGUACUUGGCUGACUACGGUCAGCAUCUGCAACGUGUUGGCAAGUUUAGAGAUUCUAUACGUUUCUUAGAGGCAGCUCUUUCCAUUGAGACAGACACCGAAACGGACAAUGUGCAGAAGGAGAUAAUUAAGCUGCUAGAUAAGGCUUAUGAAAAUACGGUGCGAUUUCGCCCAGAAUUGAGCGUUCUGUGCUGGGAAAUGGAUCUGUUUGGAACGAAUGACAGUAGGACCAUGUCAUGUGAAUCGAAAAACGGAAUACUAACAGCCAAACGUGAUUUUAACAAGGGCGAUGUUUUAUUCAUUGACAAGCCUGUAGUCGGCUAUGUGCAGGACUCGAUGUUACAAUGCAACUGUUGCGCGCUGAAAACAUUACACACAAUUCCGUGUAUGCAGUGUUUUGCAGUAUGUUAUUGUAGCGUGGAAUGUCAGCGAAAGGAUGAACAUUAUCACAAGUACGAAUGCUUGGGAUUUCACUUGCAGUUCUCGCCCAUAACGAAAAAUGUGCUAGCAUUACGGAUGCUAGUGAAGGCUUUGGAUAUAUUGAAGCAAAAUUUGUUGCUUCGAAAACACGCACUUCAUAAACCAGAAACGCCACAGCAACUGUGGGAAGUUUUGCUUGAGAAUCAUACACAUUCGGCAGAUUUUCUGGAAAUCUUUCAAUUGUGUACAUGCAAUCACUUCUCAGCGGAAAGGGAACUUUAUCACACUGUACUGCAAACGGUCCCACAAAUUACGCACUACAUUGCGCAGGAUAAGCAGCUGCUGGAAGAUUAUAAGCUCUGCUGGAUGGGUUUAACACACGAUUGUUGCACUCUGUUCCUGGAGAGCGUCCUGUUACGCUUGCUGUUUGUUACCAAAUCGCGGUCGUGCUGUUUUAGCUACGUGCUAGCAUUUAAAAAAACCGAUUAUGGUAACAUGCUUCUCCUAACGGGUGCUACAGGUGACGAGACGCGUGAUUAUAAGUUCACUGCCGAUCCAUUUGUAAUGGGCGAAAAUCAGUACAAAGGAAUGUACCGGUUCCAGUCAGAAAUGCUAUCUUCUCGCACUAAUUACAAUACCAUCACCGUAUUGUUGGAUCAUGGAGCUGUCGCGUUCCGUGCAGCAGAUGAAAUAAAGAAGGGCGAUAAAUUAAUUUUCACUGAAGCCUCGACUAAAGAUGUUGCCUACCUGCAUGCAAUAUCCUCGCAAGAAAUUUACGUUUUGGCAUCUUCGAACAGUGGUCUAUGCACCGAAAAGGUCAUAUUUGAAAACCAUAUUAAAAUAUGGUCGCAAUUGAUAAAGAGUAAGGCAAAAAUAUUUACCGAAGAUCAUUUUCUAGACCUUUUGUUACUGUUCGACCGCUUCAUAACCUUGUACCACAAACUACCAAAAAAACAGAGCUGCAUCGUUACGUUGUACCAAACAAUAAAUAUGCUAGAAGUAGUAUACCAAGAGGCAAGGAUGAUCCCGCUAGUACUGAUGCAAGAUGAAUGGAUGGUUCGGUUAAUUUACCGCUAUGGUAGAUUGCGCGCCAUCAAAGAUGCAAAUACCAUUAAUUUCAUAAAUUACAUGUACGACAUGUAUUUCUUAGAUUAAGAGCCAGCGUUCUUAAUUCUGUUUUUUCAAUUUCAUGUUUCUGAAUGUAACUUCACACACUUCAUUAAAGUCAAUAUCAAUAAAAAGAAUGUAUGAAGUUUAAUUUCCCAUCUUUUGUUUUGAGUCCAAUCCAUAUUUGAAGCAAGCAGAACAGUCAUUCAAGAUAAGAAACAAGCAUUUGCAACCUAUUAAGAUUAGAUGGAUUAAAUUGACGAAUUUGUGUACUCUCAAGAGAUAAUCUUGUAAUCUACGGUCUGAUCUUUCCAGCACA